UUGCUGUUGUUACACACACACUGACAAAGAAAAAAGAGGCAGAGAACCACUUCUCUGCAAUCUUUGGAAUAUCCACCAAAAUCAUAGGUAAAUUUCAGCACCUUCCUUCUCUUUUAUAUCUACAAAACAAGUCAGUAUGGUCUUAUUUUGAUUGUUUGUGACUUUAUGCGUCUGGGAUUUGCUGCUUCCAAUUUCUUCUUCCACUUGUACUUGUUUAGGUCUUGAUUCACUCAUAAAAGGUGUUUUGACACUGGAAUCCAUUGAGAAUCAGUUUGUUGGUCAAUUUUUUUGAAGGGAAAGAUGGACUACGUCUAUGGACCAGGAAGGAACCAUCUGUUUGUUCCAGGGCCUGUUAAUAUCCCGGAACCAGUUAUUCGAGCAAUGAAUAGGAACAAUGAGGAUUACCGUUCUCCAGCUGUUCCUGCUUUGACAAAGACUCUUCUUGAGGAUGUCAAGAAGAUUUUCAAGACUACUACAGCAACUCCAUUUCUUAUCCCAACCACAGGUACUGGUGCAUGGGAAAGUGCACUUACCAACACAUUGUCUCCUGGAGAUCGGAUUGUCUCUUUCCUGAUUGGACAAUUCAGUUUGCUCUGGAUCGAUCAGCAGCAGCGCCUUGGCUUCAAUGUUGAUGUUGUCGAAAGCGAGUGGGGUCAAGGUGCCAACCUUGACAUUCUGGCAUCAAAACUGGCAGCAGACACUGCACACACUAUUAAGGCUGUUUGCAUUGUUCAUAAUGAGACAGCAACUGGAGUUACCAACAAUUUGGCAAAAGUGAGAAGAAUACUUGAUGACUACAGUCAUCCAGCUCUCUUUCUUGUUGAUGGAGUAUCCUCCAUAUGUGCUCUUGAUUUCCGUAUGGAUGAAUGGGGAGUAGAUGUUGCUUUAACUGGCUCUCAGAAGGCGCUUUCUCUUCCUACUGGUAUGGGAAUUGUGUGUGCGGGCCCCAAAGCUCUUGAAGCAACUAAAACUGCAAAAUCGGUUAGGGUGUUCUUCGACUGGAAUGACUACUUGAAGUUCUACAAACUUGGAACAUAUUGGCCAUACACCCCAUCCAUCCAAUUGCUCUAUGGACUUAGAACAGCUCUGGAUCUCAUUUUUGAGGAAGGACUUGACAAUGUGAUUGCAAGGCAUUCUCGUCUGGGCAAAGCGACAAGACUUGCUGUGGAGGCAUGGGGCUUGAAGAACUGCACCCAAAAGGAGGAAUGGUUCAGUGACACAGUGACCGCUGUCGUCGUUCCUCCAUACAUCGAUAGUUCAGAAAUUGUUAGGAGAGGAUGGAAAAGAUACAAUUUGAGCUUAGGUUUGGGUCUCAACAAAGUAGCUGGGAAGGUAUUCAGAAUAGGGCAUCUUGGUAACCUGAAUGAGUUGCAACUGUUGGGUUGUCUUGCUGGAGUGGAGAUGAUACUCAAGGACGUGGGUUACCCUGUUAAGCUGGGGAGUGGAGUAGCAGCAGCCUGUGCUUACCUACAGAACAACACCCCUCUAAUCCCUUCCAGGAUUUGAUUCAUCUACUAUCAAUAUAGUUAUUCUUUUUUUUUUUUUUUUUUUAACUGUUCGCUUCAGGGAACUCUUGUAAAAAAAAUAUGCAUAAUUUUCUUCUUGCUGCUCCUACUCUUUUGAGGGUCAAAUGAUCUCCUAUGUAAAUCUUUGCUUCUUAGUUGUCCUGUACCUGAAAACACUUGCAAGCACAAUCUAAUUUCUACCUUCUUUUUAA